GCAGACACGUGGAAUGUGCAGCAGAACAUGGAGCCUGCCACCCGAGUCCGAGCUGGAUGCAGUAAAUGGGACAUUCGCCAGAAGGUUUGGGAUUACAUGGAACACAAUGAUCUGGCCGAUUUCCCGCGCCCGGUUCACCACCGCAUCCCCAACUUCAAGGGGGCGCCGCAGGCUUGUGAGCGGUUAACGACCUUGCAGGAUUUCCAGUUGGCGAAGACGGUUAAGAUAAAUCCGGACGCUCCGCAGAAGAACGCACGAUUUCUCACCCUACAAGCCGGUAAAACGUUGCUGGUUCCGACUCCGCGGCUCAGAACCGGACUCUUCAACCGGAUCACUCCACCUCAAGGGGCCAGCAAAGAGGUGCUGAGGAUCUGCUCCACCUCACAGGGAGUGAAGGAUUUCAGCGUCCCACUGGGCCUGGAUUCUGCGCUGCAGGUGGAUCUGGUGGUUGUCGGAUCGGUCGCUGUUUCGGAGAAAGGCUGGAGAAUCGGGAAAGGUGAGGGCUUUGCAGAUAUGGAGUACGCCAUGAUGGUGGCCAUGGGUGCGGUGACAGAACAGACGGUGGUGGUCACCGUGGUCCAUGACUGUCAGGUGCUGGACAUCCCCGAGGAUCUGCUGGACGACCACGACCUGACCGUGGACUACAUCCUGACCCCCACCCGGGUUAUCAAAACAGACUGCAGCCGCCCCAAACCGCAAGGGAUUAUAUGGUGCAAGAUAAGUCGGGAGACGAUGAGUAAGAUCCCGAUCCUGAGGAAACUCCAGGAUCUUGAGCGCAGAGCUGGGAAGGAUGUGACGCUGAAGAGUGACGAGGACCCCACCCUAAGGAGCCCGAGCACAGGAGCAAUGGGAGCGGCCCACCCCAAUCGGGCUCCGGUCACCGAGGACAACCCAACCGACCAAAAGGAGGUCACCACCAUUUAUAUUGGGAACAUCCCCCCCACUACCCGGGUCAGUGAGCUGAAGAGCUUAUUACGAGAGCGGGGGGCGUCUCCAGUGCACCUGACAUGGCAGGGUGCCCAGCACCGAGCCUUCCUGGACUAUGCUGAUCCAUGCCAGGCCCGGCUGGUGCUGUCCAGCCUGGAGGGGCUAAGUAUAGGGGGGCAGGCCAUGCAGGUAGAACUGGCCAGAACCCAGCAGAACCAAGUCAACAGAUACCAAGUCUAUGGACAGAAGAGAAGCCAAUACUUUACACAUGGGGGUGACACCCCAGGAAAGUAGAGGUCACCAGGCCGGGAACGGAGCGAGACGCCCUCCACUGGGAGGUUCCGAACAUACAAUGGAAUCUGUUUCUGGGAAAGCUGGGU